AUGGAUGCACACAAAUCAACAAUGGAAUAUAUGGAGGAAGGAGAUAGUUAUGAUGAAGACUCUACAAAGCUCUAUGAGGAAUCAGUAAUAUUAGUGAUGAAAAAUCAAGAGAUUGAAUUCAAAAGGAUUUCGAAGAUUUUCACAAUAAUCGAUUUAUCACGGAACAAGUUUGAGGGGAAAAUCCCAGAGGUCAUUGGGAAUUUAAAUUCACUACGAAUACUGAAUUUAUCUCGUAACAACCUCACAGGGCAUAUUCCUGUUGAAAUGAUGAACAUGAGCAUGCUUGAAGCUUUGGACCUUUCAUUUAACCAGUAG